CGGAAAUUGUCGAACGUUUGCGCCUCUCGCUCCGCUUUAACCCUCUCUGGAAAUACCUUACCGACAUUGUUUGAAAUAGUUAUAGCCUACAUUGGGCUGCAUUGAUCACAGUGUAUUAAAACAUAAACGGACGGAAAUCUUUGUCCUGCGAGGCGACAUCCAAUACUAAAAGUGUGUCGUUUUGUGAACGAAAGGGCAAAGCUACCUGUGGCCUGCAGCUUGGAGCAUGGAGGAGAACAACUUGCAGCUGCUGUAUGACAUUGACGAUGGACUGGACUCUGAAGAGGUGGCUUCCCUCAAGUUCCUCUGCAGUGACGUCCUAGGUAGGAAACCACUACAGAAAGUCAAUGAUGGCCGUGACCUCUUCAUGCGUCUGAACGAAAAGGGUCAUAUGGAAGACGACAUGAUGUUCCUGAAAGAGCUGCUGUACACCAUCAAACGCUAUGAUCUGCUGAAGAUGAUGAAGACAACUGAGCAGGAGGUGUGCAGUUCACUCCAAAUGCACAGUAAUUCUUAUGGUGGCCUGUCCACCUACAGGAAGAUGCUUUUUGAUAUAGCUGAUAAUAUGACGAGUGAAAAACUGAAUUCCUUCAAGUUCCUGGUGAAUCUGCCCCGAGGGAAAUUAGAGGCCUCCGCAACCAUCUUCGAUGUUCUAACAGAAAUGGAGAAACAGCAGCAGCUUACUGAGGAUAAUGUGGAGCACCUGGAACGGAUCCUCAAUCAGUGUGAUAAAGAUCUGGCUAGAAAGGUGGAAAAGUACAGGCUAAAUAAAACAGGUGAUGGCAGAUGGCCUGAAUAUGGAAACAGUCUUCAUUCAGAGUCCAUGAGUAUUGCAGAAAUGCAUAGAGGAGAGGACUAUGAAGACAGAUUCCGUAACCGUGGUCUGAGUGUGGUAUCAGAUGCAGGGCCGGUGACAAAUGAAAUAACUAAGGAGGAAGACGUGGAGAGCUAUACGAUGAAUUCCCGUCCCCGUGGAUACUGUUUGAUAAUAAAUAACUACAGAUUUUCGCACCCUGAGUAUAGACACCGAGAUGGGACAGAAAAGGAUGCAGAGGACUUGCGGAGGCUAUUUGAAAGGCUGCAAUUUAUGGUAGAAGAUCAAACAGACCUGUCUGGUCACGAUAUGAGGAUGGUUCUGGAAAAAUAUGCUACACUGGACCAUUCUGCUUACAACGCUCUUGUCGUCUGUGUUCUCUCCCAUGGGCUGGAGGGCAAAGUACUGGGUGUGGAUGGGGAAGAAGUGUCCAUCAAACAGCUUUACAGGCCUUUCGCCCACUGUCCUACACUGGUCGGCAAGCCCAAGCUAUUUUUCAUCCAGGCCUGCCAGGGCGCUGCAUUACAAACAGGUCACUUGUUAGAGGAUGGACCUAACCAGCAACUAGAUGAACUAUUAGAAGAGGAUGCUCUAAAUCCACUAGUUAAUAAACCGUCUGUUGCAGUCGAGGCAGAUGUGUUGAUAGGCAUGUCAACAGUGGAGGAAUUUAAGUCAUUCCGUCAUACCAUGACUGGGUCCAUCUACAUCCAGGCCCUGUGCAAAGCGUUGGAAACUGGGUGCCAAAGGAAGGAGGACCUGCACACUAUCCUCACACGUGUGAACAAUGAUGUCAGCAAAGGUGUCUUUAAUAACUGGAAACAGAUGCCUCAACAAAAAUCCACUCUGAGAAAGAAGCUGGUUCUAACUAUGGACUAGAUAAAACCAAACUACUAAAUGAAGUCGGCAUGCAAAAUUGUCGUCCCUCUUGAGACAUUUUAUUUUUAUUAAGGAGAACCUGUUGAAAACUUGUCGAGCUAAGUUUUUGUGCAUCAGCAAAUGAAAUAUUACUCAUUAAGGAUACAAGUCUUGUGCUGUCUUUUUCCACUACUUUUGGGAUUCACUUGAUGCCUUCAACUCAAAACCUAUGCUCUGUCUCUGACAUGCACUUCUUGACACUGCUUCAAACUCAAUUUGCAAUGUACUAUGUUUUUUAUAUAUUGGAGGGGAAGAACUGAAUGAAUACACAUGAAAAUGUUACUUAGAUUGUAAGAUACGUUUUUCCAAGUCUUUUUAAAAGAAUGUACUCUUCAGGGAUAUAAUACCAUUGUGAAAUAAAUGGGAAGAGAGAUAAUAUGAGACACAGUUGUAGGACAUAAAUCUUUCUUUAAACACUGUUCUUUUCCCCCACUUUUUGCCAUGUAACAUACAUUUGUUCCCUUUGUUCCAUCAUUGUCACUUAAUCCUAUACAAUGCAAUAAAAACAAUGUAUAUUUUCAAUCUAAAAAAAU